AUGUCGCAGUCGAAUGGGAUCGCAACGUUGUUAAAGGCCGAGAAGGAGGCGCACGAGAUCGUGGCCUCCGCACGCCGGUACCGCCAAGAGCGGCUCAAGCAGGCCAAGCUGGACGCGCUGCAGGAAAUCAACGAGUAUCGGCGGCGCAAGGAGCAGGAGCUCCGCGAGUACGAGGCAGCCAACGCUGGCGGCGCGGAGGAGCUGGAGCGUGACGCCGAGCAGCGCGCGCAGAAGGAGCUGGACGAGAUCCGCCGCGUGGCAGGAGCGAAGCGCGACGCCGUGGUGGAGCUGCUGAUCGACGCCGUCACAAAGCCGCAGCACGAGCUGCACGUCAAUGCGGGGUAG